CCACCGCGCGGUAGUCGUUUGGUGGCCAACGCGUUGUAAAUACGUGCGUGCGUCGCGGGUGCAAGUAGCGCCAUUCGAUAGUCGCCGGAAGGUGAUUCGAUUUUGCGAACUAAUCCACGCCAAGCGGAACGGAGUUUCAGUCUGUCAUUCCGCGCCGAGAAAUGGAAGACGACGAGACGCUUUCGUUCGGUGAAAACGUGAGCACGUUGCCGACCUACGAAAAGGUUGUCGUCGCGUGCGCAUACGCGGUGACAGGUGUGCGGGUAGGAGCAUUUUAAAAAAAUCCUCUGGUUAUGUCAACGGACGCGACACCGUCCUAUUACGAUCGUCUUCGGAUUGAAAACGAGAACACGCCGAGGGAGAGAUCUAUCGUUUAUUUGUCAUCAUCAUUAUCAACAUCAUUAUCAUAAGAAGCUCCCUACGACUGUUCUCCGUCAAGGGCAUAUUACAUCGAGUGUUGUUUAUUUUUCUCUUUUCUUAUUCCUUUAUGUACCCUGUCCUUUCUUUUUUCCCGUGACAGUGUCACGGGAUUCGUAACGAAAUACCUGUUCUCUGUCUCCUCCUUGAAGCUAUCUUAGUGGCAAGAGAAGAAGAAAUAUGUGGUGCCUCGUAAGCCAGGCUAAUUCCGUCAUCCUCGAGGUUCAGGUCGAUCCCAAAGCCAUCGGACAGGAAUGUCUCGAAAAGAUAUUGCUUGGACGAAGAUUCUUUUGUUGCAACAGAAAUAGCUGUUCCAUUGAGAAAAUUGAAUAUUUAAAUCUCGAUGGAUAAUUCUGCAUGCGAUUAUUUGGGAAUCAGCAAAGAAUGCGACUAUUUCGGAUUAAAGUAUCAGAACGCAAAAGGCGAAGAACUCUGGUUGAAUUUGAGAAAUCCUAUAGAGAGGCAGACCGGUGGAGGCGUGGUGCCUUUAAGAUUCGCUCUCAGGGUUAAGUUUUGGGUGCCACCUCACCUGUUGCUACAAGAAGCUACCAGACAUCAAUUUUACUUACACUCCCGUCUCGAACUGGUUGAAGGGAGAUUGAAGGUUCCUGAUUGGGUAUCGAUAGCUCGUUUGAUGGCUUUAAUAGCACAGGCAGACGGUGGCGAUUACGAUGCCUUGUCACCACCGCACGCCCUUUAUUCGCAAUGCUGUCAGAUACAACCAACCGAGCCCUGUGAGCCUAAGCCUCAAGAUCUCCUGCAUCGGAUAGUACAACAGCAUAAGGAGAUCAAGGGUAUGAAAACUUCAACAGCGGAAUAUUGGCUUCUAAAGGAGAUAUCGAAUUUGGAUACUUUCGGUCAAGAAAUGUUUCAUAGCAAAUUUGGAUAUAAUGGAAUUUCAACGAUCGGUGUUGGACCUCACGGUAUUACAGUAUAUCGUGGUCAGGAUGAGGAAACCCAAAACAUACCAUAUACGGCAAUUCAAAGUGCCACUUCUCAACGUCGGAUGUUCCAUUUGGUUUAUCUGUCGCUCGACGGCGAAGAGACCUCCUUGGAUUUCAAAUUAGACUCAAGCCAAUCGGCCAGUGGUCUUUACAGGGCGAUCACCGAGAAACACGCGUUUUAUAGCUGUGAGACAGUAAGAAGCGCGGUCACUGCUCAAUUCAUUCGCGACUUGAAGGGAACGAUAAUCUCUAUUUUCAACGAGGACUCGACGCUCGGCAAGAAGUACGUUUUCGACAUACGAAGAACUUGCAGGGAGGUUUACGAUAAUGCUCGACGUGCUCUCUAUUGCGAGUCCGCGAGUAUAACACCACCGGAGGAAAAGGAGAUUUUGGAAAGGCACGAUUGUGCCGAUUGUGAGAACCCAAAAUGCAAGGAAUCUCGGGAGUGCCUGGCAAGGUUGUUGGAUGCCAUGCUCUGUAGGAUUUGCAUGGAUCGUAGCUUGGACACUGCGCUUUUCCCAUGCGGACACGCGGUAGCCUGUUUGGAUUGUGCUCGACGAUGCGAACGUUGUCCGCUUUGCAGAGCGGAUAUCGAUCACUGUCGAACGAUCUAUCUCCCGAUAGAAUUAACGCAUAUCGAUAGACACAGUCCGAAGUUACUAUCAGAAACGAUCGAGCCCGUGUUCGCCGUUAAAUCCUCCUCGGACGAGAUCAAAGGGAGGAUCGUAGAAAACGAGAUGAACGGGAAUCACGUCUGAGGGAGAUCUACCAAAGUGAAAUUCAAGCGAAUAGGGGAAGGGGGUCAUCUUUCAACGAUAAACCGAUAGGAAGAUCUUGUUGGAUGUUCAUGAUCGAUCGUUGUCUUUCGUUGGUUUCCAAAAAAAAAAAAAAAAAAAAAAAAAAAAAAAAAAAAAAAGAAAGAAAAAAAAACGAAAAAU